AUGUCUAUUCCUUUUGGAACGGUCCUAUAUGCGGCAGUGAAGCCCAUAUUCAAAAUAUACGCUAUCAUAGGGUUGGGAUGUUUCCUUGCCCGCAGAAAUAUUCUUUCUGUCAGUACAUGUCGUGAUAUCAGUGACGCAAUCGUCACCGCUAUUAUGCCAUGUUUGAUCUUCAAUAACGUGGUGACCAACCUAAAGUCAUCGGAUAUCAAAAACUUGGGCAUAAUCUUCUUCUCAGGAACCUUGCUCUUUGCAAUAGGUGUAUCAUUAGCAGCAUCAAUUGGAUUCUUAACUAAGCUGCCAAAGAGAUGGCUUGGAGGGUUGCUAUCUGUGGGACUCUUCCCCAACAUUUCUGAUUUACCUAUUGCAUAUCUACAAACCAUGGGAAAGACAGGAACUAUCUUUACCCCUAGCGAGGUGGACAAGGGAGUCGCCUACGUUAUCAUUUUCUUAGCAUCUCAAGUGUUGUAUCAAUUUUGCUUUGGUCUUUAUCGUCUCAUAAGCUGGGAUUUCAGGGAAGAAUUACGUCCCAAGGACGAAGAUGACGAGGUGAAGGUACCAACUACUCCCUCUCCUCCUAUAGGUAACCGCAGUGAAAAUGCUCUUGAGAACGAACCGUCCGAUCAUGCUUCCACCCAAAGCAAAGAAGAUCAACUGUCUCUGAAUUCUUCUUCCCUCAGUUCAAUUCAAUCCGAAGAAGAUGGCGAUGACGAUCUUCAACCACCUACAACUAGCCAGAAUCUGGCUCCAGUUUAUAUCUACUCCAAAGCGUCGUCUAGCUCCAGUAGAUCAAGAGCCCCACGCCGCAGAUCUAGAGGCAGUUCAGGUGCCGCCAUGACAAAGCUCGACCUGAUCUCGUCGAUGUCACGGGCCACCGAGUUGCGGCACUUACCGUCUCAGGGCAUGACGGAUGUGAUCAACGAGUACUCAGAGUACGAGGGAUUGCGAAGCAAUGAGCUCCGUCGAACUGUGUCGGUGACUACCGAUGUGGCUGCGGAACCCGUCGAAGACGACGAGGGGAAGAAGAAAACUAUACGAAAACAAGUUAUUCAGUUCUUACGCAACUUCUUGGCCCCAAACUCGGUGUCAUUGAUCGUAUCGAUUGCGAUUGCCAUGUCACCUCCAUUAAAAGCAUUAUUUGUCAAAUCUGCAUUUUCCAUGAAAGAUGCCCCAGACCAUCAACCACCCCUUUCAUUUUUCAUCGACAUCGCCAGCUAUAUUGGUGCUGCAUCGGUUCCUCUAGGACUUCUUUUACUUGGUGCUACUAUUUAUCGUCUUGAGGUGAAAAAAAUGCCACCAGGGUUUUGGAAAACAGCGGUAAGUGUCACUGCAGCAAGAUUAAUAAUUCUUCCCAUAAUUGGAGUGGGUUUGACCACCGGGUUCUACAAAGGCGGCUGGUACGGCGACGAUAAACUUAUUAGAUUCGUCAGUGUACUCGAAUAUGGCUUGCCCAGCGCUACAGCUUUAGUAUAUUUCACUGCAUUCUACACAGAUCCUCACCUGGACGACCACCUACAAAUGGAUUGUUUGGCGGUAUGCCUCAUAGCACAGUACCUGAUUUUAUUCAUCACAUUGCCGUUUUUAGUGGUUUUCACCAUCAAAGUGUCAUUGAACAUGUGA